UGGGACUUCAGGACAGGAAGCCUGACGCAGCAGCAGGCUCUUCAGCAAACUACAGCCCAGGAGUGGAUGGAAGGCCGGUGGAGGGCUGGGAGGAAGAGGUGGAGGAUGUGGGUAAUCAAAGAGGAGUCUACCCUUCCUCAGUCACUAUCCCAAUGCAGGAAGGAAUCAAACGUCGAGGCCAUCGAACGCUUCCUUGCACUCAGAGUGUGGCUGAGGAGGGGGGCCGCCACUGGACAGACGACGAGGUGCGAGCACUGCUGUGUGUGUGGGCUGACUGGCGUAUUCGAGAGCGCUUGAAAUGCACGCUGCGCAACAAGUCCAUCUUCCAAGAGAUGGCUCGUCAGAUGCAAAAAAAAUACGGGGUGGUACGCAACUGGAAACAAUGUCGAACAAAAUACAAGAACCUGAAAUAUGACUACAAGACCGCCAAGAGCGCCCACGCUGCCGGGGGCUGCACCGCAGGAGGCCCGGGGAAGUACAUGAAGUUCUUCGAUGAGGUGGAGGCCAUUCUGCUGGACCGUGGACUGGAAAACGGGACAAUGGAAAUGCAGAAGAAAAUGUAUGACGGUGAAACGGCAGCAGGAAGGGUACAGACACCAGCAAGCCACACAACACAGACGACGGCCUCAGAGAGCGAGGUGGUGAUAGAAAUUGAUGAUGAUGACAACAGUGAUGAUUACGACAUGGACGGAGACGUGGAAGCAAAAUGGAGAGAAACAGACAUCCAUCUGACAGAUCCAUCCAGCUCUGACCAGUUCCACGUGGUCACGGUGUCGGACACAGGUCGAAACUGGAGCGACCAAGAGGUGCGAGCACUGAUUGAAGUCUGGUCCGACGAGCACGUGAGCAGGCAGCUGGAAAGCUCGACCAGAAAGAGAGACAUCUUCGUUCAGAUCUCCAACAGGUUAAUGCAGCAAGGCAUCGAACGCGACUGGAAACAGUGCCAUACCAAGUACAAAAACCUCAAGUACCUUUACCGUUCCCUCCAAAGGGGUAAGACUAAUGAAGCUGAUUCAAGACGCCUUAUGAGGUUCUACGAUGAGGUGGACGCCAUUAUGAACCGCACAACUAAUGGCUCACCUCAAGCCUCGGGAUCUACAGACCACCGAGCAAAUCCAGGAGGACUUAUGAUGUUGGAUGGUUGUGAGGAGAGAGAUCACGAAGAUGUCUAUUUGACAAAGGCAAACACUGUGACGACAGUGGCAGGAGUGAUGGAGGACAGAACUUGUAGUUCUGAUUCUGUCUCGUCUAUAAGCCUGGAUGUUACGCCAGGCAAUGUAGAACCGAGGCAGCAUAAGGAGCAUCGCUUGGAUCAAAAACACAGAUUAAUGGACUCUUCUGAAACGAGAGCAGAAAAAGACGACACCUUUUCGGCAAACCGAGGAAUGAAGAGGAAAGCUGUGCAUCAAGACCCCCAGCUCCAGACUCCAGCCAAAAAACUGGACACUGGCUCUGUUGCUAAUAAUGUGGAGGCCAAGUGUAAAGAAGAGCAGGAUCACGUCCCAAUAAUAAAGAUCUAUUCAGUGUGUUCAAUGGCCUCCCCUAACCCGUCCCCUGAGAGACAGAGCUGCAGCCUGUCAGAGAGCACCACCAUGGCCUCCACUCCAGAUCUGAAGAUCGGGCAGAAGCUCAACGAGGGCAAAACGAAGCAGAUUUUUGAGCUGGUGGACCAGCCCGGACUGGUCCUGGUCCAGUCCAAAGACCAGAUCACCGCCGGGAAUGCGGUGAGGAAGGACCAAAUGGAGGGCAAGGCUGCCAUCGCCAACAGGACCACGAGCUGCGUGUUCAAGCUGCUCCAGGACUCCGGUGUUAAGACUGCCUUUGUGAAGCAGCACUCGGACACGGCGUUCAUCGCUGCCCACUGUGAAAUGAUCCCCAUUGAGUGGGUGUGUCGGAGAGUGGCGACCGGCUCCUUCCUCAAGAGGAAUCCAGGAGUCAAAGAAGGCUACCGCUUCUCUCCACUGAAGAUGGAGAUGUUCUUUAAAGACGAUGCCAACAAUGAUCCUCAGUGGUCAGAGGAGCAGCUGCUGGAGGCAAAGUUCUGUCUGGGUGGGCUCAGUAUCGGUCAGUGUGAGAUUGACAUCAUGAAUCGCAGCACUGUGGCCAUCUUUGAGAUUCUGGAGAAGGCCUGGGCCACUCAGAACUGCACACUGGUGGAUAUGAAGAUUGAGUUUGGCGUGAAUGUGAAAACUCAAGAGAUUGUCCUCGCUGAUGUGAUCGACAAUGAUUCAUGGAGACUGUGGCCAGCUGGAGAUCGAAGCCAGCAAAAAGAUAAACAGGUUUACCGAGACCUUAAAGAAGUUACCCCUGAGGCCAUGCAGAUGGUGAAGAGAAACUUCGAGUGGGUCUCUGAAAGGGUCAAGCUGCUGCUGGAGUCCCAGGCCAGUGGAAGAGUGGUGGUUCUGAUGGGCUCCACCUCAGACAUAGCCCACUGUGAGAAAAUCAAGAAGGCCUGUACCUCCUAUGGCAUCCCCUGCUUCCUCAGAGUCACCUCGGCUCACAAAGGUCCAGAUGAGACGCUCCGCAUCAAAGCAGAAUAUGAAGGUGACGGUGUACCCACUGUGUUUGUGGCUGUGGCCGGCAGAAGUAACGGUCUUGGUCCAGUGAUGUCAGGAAACACGGCGUAUCCCGUCAUCAACUGUCCACCUCUCACUCCAGACUGGGGUGCACAAGAUGUCUGGUCGUCCCUCCGUAUGCCGAGUGGUCUUGGCUGCUCCACAGUCCUGUCCCCUGAGGCCGCUGCUCAGUUUGCAGCGCAGAUCUUCGGCCUGACCGAUCACCUGGUGUGGUGCAAACUGAGGGCCUCAAUGCUCAACACCUGGGUGUCUCUUAAGCUGGCUGACAAGAAGCUACAGGCCUGCAGCCUCUGAUGUGGAUCAAGACCAUGGCACUGACUGUCCGUCAGUGCCAUGUCUUUGUUUACCAUGACAAACCCACUAACAGUAGAAUGAAUCUACACGUCCUUUCUCACACACGAAUCAUUCCUGAGAUUUAAAAAAAAUUAAAAGCUUCUUAAUUAAAUGUU